CACGCGCAAAACGACGUAGCAGAAGAGUCCGGCCCGCUUAUCCGUAUGCUCCGCGCGUGCACACGCGCCGGCGGCCGCGCCGGCCGACGAGGAGCCCUCAUGGCCUCCUCCUUCCUCCCCUUCUGCUCCUCCUCCAUCCCCUCCCGCCUCCCGCCCCGGCCACCACCCACCCAUAACCCUCCCGCCCCGGCCGCGCGCCCGUCCCGGUCUCGCUUCCUGCUCGCGCGCGCCGCCGCGCGGCGCGACCCCGAGCCGGCGCCUCCGGAGCCCGCGGUCCCGGCCGAGGAGGGGAGGUCGCUGGCGGUGAGGACGGGGGAGCUGUUCCUGGGCCUGGCGGCGCUGCUGGUGCGCGGGGUCGGGGGCAGGGGGUCGGCGGCGCCCGCGGUGGAGGAGGUGGAGGCGAGGGACGAGGUGGUUUGGGAGCAGCGGCCUGAGGACGUGGAGGCGGAGCGGCGGCGCCGGGAGCUCACCAGCCCCGGGUUCAGCUUCUCCGCGGCCGGGCUGCUCUUCCCCUACCACCUCGGCGCCGCGCAGUGCCUCAUGGACCGGGGAUACAUCACCGAGAGAACUCCGUUAGCUGGCUCAUCAGCUGGUGCCAUAAUCUGUGCAGUGAUUGCAUCCGGGAACACAAUGCAAGAUGCUCUGCAGGUGACCAAGGUUCUGGCUGACAACUGCCGGAGCAAAGGGACUGCAUUUCGACUUGGGGCUGUACUCAAGGAUGUCCUAGACAAGUUUCUCCCAGAUGAUCUGCAUAUUAGAUGCAAUGGAAGAAUCCGUGUUGCCAUUACCCAGCUGUCCUGGAGGCCUAGGGGCUUACUGGUCGACCAAUUUGACUCCAAAGAAGAUGUCAUUAAUGCUGUCAUUACAUCCUCUUUUAUUCCUGGAUACUUAGCUCCCAGGCCGGCAACUUUCUUUCGUAACAGGCUAUGCAUUGAUGGGGGGCUUACAUUGUUUAUGCCACCCACUUCUGCUUCCGAAACGGUCCAAAUAUGUGCUUUUCCAGCCAGCCGACUGGGAUUGCAAGAUAUUGGGAUUAGUCCAGACUGCAAUCCAGAGAACAGGGCUAGUCCAAGACAGCUGUUUAACUGGGCUCUGGAACCUGCGGAAGAUGAAAUUCUCGACAAAUUAUAUGAGCUUGGGUACCUGGACGCAGCUGUAUGGGCCGAGCAGAAUUCUGCCGAGUUAAUUGCCAAGAAUGAUCAACCUCUUGCUGCUGAUUGAAGGCGAACACCAGUUAUCCUGAACCUUUUCAUGGGAGUUAUACACUUGUAAUAUAUUAUAAAGGUAAGCACUGAGGAUGUGAAGGUGGCAAUGUACUGCAGUCGAAUCCGCAGAUUCCUUUGAGAGAAGCACAUGAAACCACGAAGCCUGGAACUGCCCGUCAGUUAUCAGCUGCUGUGGGAGUAAUUCGGGAAGACAAGUAACACAGUUGAUAUAAGGGCUUAAAAACUGACCUGCAUAGUCCAAUGUAUAUGAUUCCUGAUGAUGAGGUUUGACCUGAGAGCUCGUUUUAUAAUGUUACAGAGGAGAUAUGUCUGAGCAACAGACAACUCCCCCAAUGCCAAUUUUUACAAGCUCAGCUUGUUAUAUGCCAAUAUUCAAAGUUUUUCCGCACA